AUGGCGCCCACCUCCAACAAGUCCUUCAUCUACAAGAAGGGGCCCCAGGGCUUCCCCGUCCCUGGCGAGGACCUCGUCAUCGAGGACAGGCCCAUUGACCUCGAGAAUGCGCCCCUCCACGGCGGUGUCCUCGUCGAGGUCCUCUACACCUCCUUCGACCCCUACAUGCGCGGCCGCAUGCGCGACCCCAAGAUCAAGUCAUACUCGCCCCCCUUCGACCUCGACCAGCCCAUAGUGAGCGCCUCGGUCGUCAAGGUCCUCCGCUCUGACACGCCCGAGUUCGCCGUCGGCGACGAGCUCGUCUCCUUCUACGGCCAGAACGCCCAGUACGCCGUCAUUCCGGCCCCGGCCUUCAAGCCCAUGGGCCUCCGCAAGGUCCACAACCCCCACAACCUGCCCGUCCACUACUUCAUCGGCGUGCUCGGCAUGCCGGGCACCACGGCCUACGAGGGCCUCUACGAGAUCGGCAAGCCCGUCGCCGGCGAGACCAUCUUCGUGUCCUCGGCCGCCGGCGCCGUCGGCCAGCUCGUCGGCCAGCUCGCCAAGGCCGAGGGCCUCAAGGUCAUCGGCUCAGCCGGCUCGCAGGAGAAGAUCGACUUCAUCACCAACGAGCUCGGCUUCGACGGCGCCUUCAACUACAAGACGGAAGACGCCAACGAGGCCCUCGCGCGCCUGGCCCCGAACGGCAUCGACAUUUACUUUGACAAUGUCGGCGGCGCCCAGCUCGAGGCCGCCCUCCACGCCAUCAACAAGCACGGCCGCAUCAUCGCCUGCGGCUCCAUCGUCGACUACAACGUCAAGCCCGAGGACCGCUACGGCGUCAAGAACCUCUUCAACAUCAUCGGCAAGUCCCUGACCUUCAAGGGCUUCAUCGUAAGCCUCACCCCCGAGCGCUACCAGGCCUUCAACGACAAGGUCCAGCCCCUGCUCGCCGACGGCAAGAUCAAGGCCAAGGUCGACGUGACCGAGGGCAUCGAGAACGCGCCCGAGGGUCUGGUUGGCAUCUUCCACGGCAAGAACUUUGGCAAGGCCAUCCUCAAGGUCAAGGCGUGA